AUGCCCCCAUUUCUCUCAUCCUCCAACGCGCUUCGAUCCCUUGCAUCUCGCAAACGCAAUCUCACCCAAUUCAUUAUUUCUUCCAAUGAGUGUCUUACUCGCAUUCCCACCGCCUCCUUCAACAAUGCCGUUCAAACGAGGCAAUUUCUCGGACGUGGAAAUGGCGAUCAAGGUGUUCUAUCCAAAAUUUACGAGGAGAAGCGCGUUUUGGGGUACUCUCAGGAGCAAUUGUUUGACGUUGUUGCAGCUGUGGACUUGUAUCAUGGUUUUGUUCCCUGGUGUCUAAGGUCUGAGAUAAUUAAACACUAUCAGGAUGGAUCAUUUGAUGCUGAAUUGGAGAUUGGAUUUAAAUUUCUUGUCGAAAGUUAUGUUUCUCGUGUUGAGUUGAACAAACCAAAGCUUAUAAAGACAACUGUGUCCAAGAGUACCCUGUUUGAUCAUUUAAUAAACAUUUGGGAAUUCAGUCCAGGCCCAGUUCCAGGAACUUGCAAUCUAUAUUUCUUGGUGGAUUUCAAGUUUCAGUCCCCACUUUAUAGACAGAUUGCAUCGAUGUUCUUUAAGGAGGUAGCCUCUAGGAUGGUUAGUUCAUUUCACGAGCGUUGUCAUUUAAUAUACGGACCAGAAGUGCCGGAAGUUGAUAUGGAUGCUACCUUUAAUAUCCUCUUGCCUUCUCUUUUAGCAAAGGAUCUUUCGAAUGCUGUGAAAUUGGAGGGUGAAAUUACAAGAGGAAGAAAUAGCGAUUCUAAUUCUGGGAAUGAUAAUUCUAGAAGUGACGGUGGUAACAACCCAGAAAAUGUAAGCGGUGGUGCUAGUACAGCCGCACAACCAACAUCAACGAUGGCGUUACCUAUGCUGUUAUCCCCCGUUGUCAACCAGUUCAUGGUUACUAUGCCUAAUCCCGACAGGAAUUCAGGUCCAAGGCCAAGGCUGGGCGAUUAG